GUUUGAUUAGAUAUUUUAGGGAUUUGGAAACCGAACGCCUGAAAGCUAAAAUGGAGAUUACGGAGCGGAGGGACGACGAGAUCAGAGAAGGAAGAGACUCCACAAACAUCGACACCAUCAAAUCGCAGUAUGUUACCAAUUCCUUCUCCGAUGAACGCUACUCUCGCGAGCUCAAGGAUGGUCUUCAUCCUCUACGGUACAAGUUUGCGAUUUGGUACACACGUCGCACACCAGGGGUCAGGAGCCAGACAUCUUACGAGGAUAACAUUAAGAAGAUUGUUGAGUUCAGCACUGUUGAAGGUUUUUGGGCUUGCUACUGUCAUCUUGCUCGUUCUUCUCUAUUGCCUAAUCCAACAGAUCUUCAUUUCUUUAAGGAUGGGAUUCGCCCCUUGUGGGAGGAUGCUGCCAACUGCAAUGGAGGAAAGUGGAUCAUACGUUUCUCUAAAGUUGUCUCUGCUCGCUUCUGGGAGGAUCUGCUGCUUGCGUUGGUAGGCGACCAGCUUGAUGAUGCUGAAAACAUAUGUGGGGCAGUGCUGAGUGUCCGCAUCAAUGAGGACAUCAUUAGUGUAUGGAAUCGGAAUGCUUCUGAUCACCAGGCAGUGAUGGGGUUGAGAGACUCAAUCAAGCGGCAUUUGAAGCUACCUCAUGCGUACGUCAUGGAGUACAAGCCACACGAUGCUUCUCUUCGUGACAACUCAUCCUACAGAAACACAUGGCGAGGAUAGGUUCAAAAGUGGACGACACUUACUUUCCUGCAACCUGGGAUAAUGAAAUGAUAUUGAUGGCUUAGAAUCUCAGCAAUGAAAAUCCUGGAUACUUCUGCAGCAUUAGUUAUUCAGUCGUUUUCUGGUUCCUAGAUAUUGUUGUUACCUUCAAUUGUUUGAAACUGUGAUGUUUCAUUUUCAAAAGAAAACUUAAAAGCUCACAUAUUUGGUUUAACAUUCUUAUGACUUGUGUUUCGAACAUUAUGUCGAAAUAUAGAAUUACACUUCCUGCUAUGGCAUAUGAUGUAAAU